AUGGAUGCGGUUGCUCGUGUUGCUCUCUUCUCUGCUUAUUGUUCAGGUGAUAUUGAUCGUGUUGUUAGUUUAAUUGAUGCUGGAGCGUCUCCUUUUACUACUAACGAUGAAGCUUGUAUUAAUGGAAUAACAGAAUGUGUUCAAUUAUUACUGUCACGUUCCCCACCUACAGAUAAUAUAUUUGAAUUAAGUAACAAUGCUGGUUUAUCUCCAUUACUAGCAGCAACAAAUAUCAAAUAUUUAGAAAUAGUGAAGCAUCUCAUUGAAUCUACUGACUGUGAUAUUAAUGUUAGAGAAGAGGGAACUGGGUCCACUCCAUUACAUAAAGCAUGUUAUAAUGGAUCACUGUCAAUAGUAGAAUAUUUGAUAUCUAAACCACAGUGUGACAUUGAAGCUAAAGACAAUGAAGGAAACCAACCACUUUAUUAUGCAGCAUGUCAAGGACACAAGGAAAUAGUUUCAAUAUUAGGAAAGAAAGUGAGGGAGGAUGGUUUAUCUAAAUGUAUGGAAUCAGCAAAGCGACUAGCAGAACCAGAUAUAAUGGAACUAUUAAAUGAUUGUUAUGAAGAUAGGAGAUCAUUAAUAAAUGCAUGUUAUUUUGAAAUUGUUAAAAUUCUGACUAAUCAUCCACAAUGUAAUAUUGAAGCUAAAAGCUUAUCCAAUGAUAGACCACUACACAAAGCAUGUGAAUCAGGAAGUAUAGACAUUGUACGCCAUCUUGUGAUUGACAAACACUGUGAUGUUAAUGCUAAAGCGGGGUGGAGUAACUAUACACCAUUACAUUUUGCAUGUGAUAAUGGUCAUUUUGAAAUUGUUAAACUUCUGACUAAUCAUCCACAAUGUAAUAUUGAAGCUGAAGAUGAUUGGAAUAACAGACCACUACACAAAGCAUGUGAAUCUGGAAAUGUAGAAAUUCUACGUCAUCUUGUGAUUGAUAAACACUGUGAUGUUAAUGCUGAAGGGAGGAAUGGCUAUACACCAUUACAUGCGGCAUGUUUAAAUGGUAAUUUUGAAACUGUUCAAUUUCUUACUAAUCAUCCACAAUGUAACAUUGAAGCUAAAAGUUAUCAUAAUAAAAGGCCAUUAGAUUUAGCUUUUCAUCAUAAACCUCCUACUAAAAGUCAUAUGGACAUUGUCGAUUAUCUCAUUGACGUUAAAGGUUGUAAUACUCAGGGUAUUGAUAGGAAGGCUACUAAUUUUCUUCAUAUUCGUCAAUCCAGUGGUAUAGCAUUAAUACAUGUUGUUAAGUGUAUAUUGACAGGCCCUCCUGGUGCUGGUAAGAGUACAUUAAAGAAGAGACUCCUCAAUCAAUCUCUUGAUACAGGUCCUUCUCUUAGUACUGGUGUAAUUGAUGCAGCUGUACAAGUUAAUUCAUUUCGUAAACUAUCACAGCACAAUGCAGUAGUGACUACAGAAUGGAAGGAACAGGGACUUGAUGAAGAAGCUAUACUGAUCACUAAGAAACUAUUACCAGCAAACAACACAUCAGAUGAAAAUUACCAGAAGAAAUAG